AUGUCUUCUCAUCUCUCCUACCAACAACGUCAUCAUCAUCAUGCACAGAGAAGAUCAAGCCGUUCCUCUUCCUCCUCGAAUGGUGGUGAUGUUGUUGGUUCUCCUCUUCCUCCUUCGCAGCACGGAGUAGAAGAUCUACAAUCCUCAUCAUCCACCAAUCCGAGAGGAAGAAGGAAGAAUAGUAAGGGUACUUUUGGAAAGAACUUACAAGAAGGAGAAGAGAGGGUUAUUUUCCAUGAUGAAUUAUACAACAACAACAACAACAAUGGUAAUGGCAAGACACUUGGUCAUCGUGAGUACAUUCCACCGGAAGAGAUUAUUUUGAGUACAAGCAAAUCAUCGGAUGAUGAUGAUGAGGAGUAUGAAGAGGACAAAUCAGAGAAUAACAAUAAUAAUAUCAACAACACCACUCAUUAUUCAUCAUCACCAGGACAGAGUACUUUGGAAGCGAAUGGUAUUCCGAUUAUGGCCUCUUCAUCUUCCACACACCAUCAUCAUGAAGCGAGAAGAGGAGCAUUCAAAUCUUCCUCCUAUGAAAGGAAGAAACGAAACAAGGCUUUUCAGCAACACGUGAUAAUGUCAGGAUAUGGUAGUGGAGCCUUUUCUUCUCCUCCCACUUCUUCUCCUACAGUCUCCUCAAACGACUCUCCGAAUGAAGAAGAAGAAUAUUUCCGAAAUACUGAUGUUUAUGACUAUAGAGGACAUGCUUUCAAGUUGACGGGUGCCAGUGGUAUUGCUGCUGGAAAUGUUAGUAUUGGCAACAAUACGAAUCGAAAUAGAGCCUCGUCUUCAGGUUCUCAUCAUUCCUCCUCAAACAAUAGUCACCAUCAUCACAAUAAUAAUGGCCAUAAUAAUAGACAUCAUCGCCACAAACAUCAUCACCACCACCAUCACAAUGAUUAUUAUGCCAGACCUAAAACACAAGAGGAAUAUGUUUUAGCAAAUUUCCACUUUGUGUUGAGACCUCUCGCAGAGCCUACUAAAGAUGUAAAUGACAUAACAAAUCAAUUCUUUGCAAAUGAAUACAACCAAGGAAGAAUUGAUGCGGAUACAUUAGUCGAUUGGGACACCAUUGAAUUGGUUAUUAAGCAAACCCAUGACCCAAAUCAAGAACAAUGUCCAAUUUGUCUUGAAGUAUUGAAAGCACCAAAAAUUACCAAGUGUGGGCAUGUAUUCUGUUAUGCUUGCAUUUUGCGUUAUGUAGCUAUGGGAGAAAAAACCUAUCGAAAGUGCCCAUUAUGUAAUGAAAGUGUGUACAUAGAUGCAUUGAGAAGUGUACAAAUAGAUGUCAAGCCAAAAUAUAAGGAGCAUGAUAAGAUGAAUUUUGUUUUGCUUAAAAGAGACAAGAAGGUUAUUAUACCGGACUUGUUAGAUGAUCUCGAUACGUGCCUUGGAGGUGUUCAGUCACACUCAUUGCCAACAGUAUAUCCAGUUUAUGGUGACCACAACUCUGCAAAAUUUUGCAGAUUUAACGUCACCUAUGACAUUUCUAGUAUUAUAAAGAAGGAAUUAUCGGACUUGGACUCUUCAUUGAAGGAGGCAGAAUCAGGUGACGAGACACAAUUUAUCAAAUUAGCAAAAGAACAAGUUUUACAAAGACAAAAAUCUUUUCAAGAUUGGAUCACGAAGAAUGUUCCUAAAGGAAGACCAAAAGGCUCAAGCCAAAGUCCCAGAAAAGCGAAACAAGCAGCAUCAUCUAGUAAUACAUCGACUCACACAACAGUGGAUGAAAGUAAGAAAAAAUCAGAGCUAGAUCCUGAUAACUAUUGGUAUUAUCAAUCAGAAGAUAAUCAAAUGAUGUUUCUUCACCCUCUCUGUACAAAAAUUUUACUUCACGAGUACGAUGGAGAUUUUACAAAAUUCCCUCACACACUUUCUGGUUGUGAAAUUAUAGAGAUUGAAACUGUGGAACUUGAUGAAGAAUUUAGAAAGAGAUAUCCCAUUCUAAAACACGUACCUUGUGGCUGUUAUAUUUCACUCGUGGAGGUGGAAAUGAAAAAUUUCGUCUCACAGGACAGCAUUUCAUACUUUUACAAAGAUUUGAAGUAUCGAAAAAACAAAAGAGAAGAAAAAAUACGAAAACAGAUCGAAGAAGCAGAAGAGGAGAAAAGAAGAGAAGAAUCCAGAAAGGAAGAAGAGAGGCUGGCAAGGGAAAAGUUGUUGCAAGAAUUGCAUAUUAGCAAUUUUCCAGAGUUGACUUCUGAUAUGACUCCUCCGCCUGUGAAUGAUAUUCAUUUCCCUUCUCCUUCUGCAGCUUCUGCUAUUUUGCAAAAUGAAAAGUCUCAGAAAAGAAAGCCAGUCAAAUUGAAUGAUUGGACAAAGAGACAACAACAGCAACUUGUUCAAACAUCUUCUCAACAAGAAAAUACUUCCACACGAUUGCAAGGAGAUUGGGCCGCUAAAGCAACACCAUCAACAAGCAAAGCAAGCUCUUCUUCGAGCAGCAUCCGCAAUAAGGAUAAAGACUUCCCAACUCUUGGAUCAGGAAAAAAGAAGAAAUAG